AUGGGGACUCCACAAAAACACAAUCCCUUCGACGCCCCUCCACCCUAUAACCCCUCCGAAGCAGGGAGCUCCGACUACCCCCUCGACGAAAAGACCUACCUCUUCCAACCAGGCUCCAACGAACCAGGUCUAGCUGUUGCAUCAACCCUGACUCGCGGUCUCCAAGUCCCAUCUCGCACCGCCGCCACAACCUCCGGCUUCGCAUACCCAGCCGAGCUAAUCCAACAUGGCAUCUCCAAGGACCACUGGCAACAAUUCACCCAGGUCAUCUGUGACGAGGCCAAGCUUUCGCGGCAACAGUGGACUACAGUCAUCGGUAAGGGUCUCGGCACACUUGCCAUUGGCGGGUUGAUGAUUGGGGCUCUUAGCGCGAUUCCUGCAAUCUUCAUUGCGAAAAAUGCUCGGAAGAGGCAGGAGCAGCGAAAUUUGAUUGCUGCUAUGGCUGGUGUUCAGGGCGAGAGGCUUUCAAGGCAUAUCUCGCAGUGGAAUGAGACGUUUUUCAGGCCCAGGGGUGUUGUUAUUCGGGUUGAUUUGCCUGAUGAGUAUAUUAGGGAUAUGGAUAAUAUGGAUCUGCAUCGGAGUGAUCGCAAAUGGGCGAGGUCCGAGGAGGAGGCUCGCGAGAAGGCCGCGCUGAAGGCGAGGAUUGUUAUUAUUCCUUUGGAAGAUUCGGUCUCGGGUCGGUCUUCGACGAGGGAUGAAGGGAGGGGAGAGUAG